AUGUCUAUUAGUGCGUAUGAACUGGUCGGUCUGAUGCAAAUCAAACUUUUUGGCGCCUACGUUCCGGAGGAGCCGGAGAACUACUCCUUCAAAUAUGUUGACGAGAAGGGGAGGCCGAAAAAAGUAGAGCACGAUGGCCUCGAAUCCUCGAGCGAGAUGAUCGACCACAAAUAUACUGAAGAGAUGUUGUCGCUCGGCGGGAUUUUGGACCGGAAUAAGAAGCGCUGUGUACAGGAAGAAAACUUCAAAAAGGCAAAAGAAGCGCAGUUGGCGCAACGAUUGCUGAAAAAAGCUACGAAAGAAAUGGAGGAGCUGGAAAAGGACAAGAAUGAUGCGAUUCAGGAAGAAGACUUCCAACGUGCCCAGGACCUGAAAGACGAAAUGAAGACAUUGAGAGCAAACGUUCUAGCAGCUAUCGAUCCAAAACUACUGGAGGAUGUACCGAAUGAUCCCGGGCCCUCUUCCGAUGACGUCACAAUCCGAAAGCCGGCCUCGAUCUACGAAACGGACGGGCUGGUGCCGCCUCCCAAGCUUUUCCAACCAAUCCGUGGGCUUUUUUGCGUACUUCGUGGUACCGAGCCAAUAAAGCUGUCCCCCCGGUCUACGGUGGGCACCUCGGCCAGUCACCGCGUAAAAACGGGUGUUUCGGCCAUCCCAGACUCCCCCACCCCACGCGAGGAUCGGCACCUACUUAAUGGCAGUCCGACACGCUCCGAAAUACGCAGCCCGAAGCCGAUAGGCGAUCUACCACUCCGACCGGUUGCUAGGUCACCAAUCAGAAAAUCGCCAAAACCAGCGACACCUCCAAGAACCUCGAACUCGACCAAAAGCCCGACCAGGACACCGUCGAGGAAGAUACGUACCGCGAGCACGCCCAGCUUCCAUGAACGGCGUCCGGCCACGCGCGAGUCCUAUAUCCCGGCCAGAUCGGAAAAGUCGAGACAGAAGACUUCCGGAAAUCGCUUCUACGAGAAGGAGAAUAUGGUGGUUCCGGCAGCGCUGAAGGGCCGUCGAACCUCGGACCCGGAAAUUCAGACGCACCGUCGGCACCGCGAAGAGCCGCCAGCCCUGACCGAAGCUGAGUUCCUCGACGCCAUCCACUCUUCCGACAGAUCAAUGGCUUCGAGGGCCAUUGAUACCUUUGGGUUGACUACGGUCCAAAAAAUCUAUUCGAAAAACUUUAACCAACGCCGCGAGGGGCUGCAAGAGCUGCAGGAGAAGCUGGAGAACAGCAGUGGGGUCUACACCUCUGCCCUCGACCUAUUCCGCUACAUUGGCGAGACCUUCAUCCCCGAGAACCGUCUCGAAAAGUCGGGUGCUCAGAAAUACGCAACGGCUACGGCAGAACCUCUUAUUUCUGUGCUCGGAAAUUCGGCAAAGAUCUGCAAAGCAUUCAUGCCUCGCUUGCUGGCCCGCUUCGAGUCGGGUGGGCAGAAAAGCGACCGUCCGAGGGCGGAAAUCGUCUAUGAACGAGCAAAAGCGCUGGGAAUCCCGCAACCGGAAGCCGGUCUCGACGAGAAGGCCGUUGGGAAAUUUUCGAUAGCCGCGAUGAAACAUUCGGAUUCUGAGGUGAAAACGAUCGGGAAGAAGUUCUUCGUUAUGGUCUAUGAAAAUGGUGAUCGGAAAGCCUUAAGGAAAAUGUUGCCAGACGACUCGCCCUCGACGCGCAAUCCAGUCUACCGGCAGCUACACGAAGAACUGCGAAGGAUUGACGAUGGAGAGGGGAGGGGGGAGAGUCGUGGAAGGAGAACUGGAUGCCUCCGAAUCCAGAAAACCGCUGAAAAGCAAUUUGCGACCAGCAAGCGUUGGGAGAUCGAGAUCCGGCAUCCGGAAGCAGACGAGGAGAAAUCGUUGGGCAACGUCAAAAAUGGCAUGAAAAAUGUGAACGCCGGCAUCGCUAUUGCUGAAGGGAAGAAGAAGCCAGAGGAGGUCCUCCAGCCGAAGGCCAUUGAAAAGAUGAACGCGAAGGCGGCGAAAGCGCAGACGCAGAAGAGGAUGGACGCCAGAUCAAGGUUCGCGGAUGAAUUGGGCGUGAACAGGGACAAGAUCCGGUACUCGCAAUCCAACUACCACUAUGAAAUCCAGAAAUAUGGCAACACCGUCAAUGCCAAACAGAAGGCCGGCAAACCAUUUUUCAACUCGAAAAUGGAAAGGUUGCAGAUGGUCGAUGCCGCGGUUGGGGCUGGUCUACAAACCGGUCAGGCCAUCUGCGAACUCACCGGGUUCAACCCCCGCCAGGAGUUGGACAAGCUGAUCGGCAAGGACAUCAUGCCAAAGGUGAUGAUGGCGUGGAAGAUCAUCCAGGGGCCACUGCAAAUAAUCGGAGCGCUCUACCCGCCCCUUGGGAUUGCGGUCGGCAUCGUCAGCGGGAUCAUGAUGCUGCUCGACCAGCCCCCGCCCACGGAUGCCCCGACCCCGGACCCGAUCUACGACUACCUGGCCGAGAUGCACAAUUCGCUCUCCAACCAGCUGGCCGACCUCAGCGACCAGAUGACGAAAGGGUUCAAAGACCUGAAUCUGGCCAUCGAGAAGCAGACCCAGCAGAUCCUCGACCGGAUUGAGGACGAGUGGCGCAUCACCGAAGAGUACCGGGAUCGAAUGAACUCCCGCCUGAAAAGCCACGAUUUUGACCCGAACAUCCUCGACGAGACGAGCCGCCUGUUGCUGAACAUUCAUUUCCAAGCGAUCGUCCCAUUCUCCACCUACCACGGAGCCAUCUGGACGAACGACACGAAGUCGCUGAAGGCCUACCUCGACCGGAUGGAAGACGACUACAACGCGUUGCUGGCGAUGGAUACGGAGCUCCGCCAAAUCUGCGCCGACUACCACAUCAUCGCGCACGGCGAUUCACAAAAGGGGCAGGAAGUACUCGCGAAAUUGGCCCAGGGCGUCUUCGGCCAGAUCCACCCGCACAACGGCGAUUUCGGGGAGGCGUUCUCGGCCGCGCUGCAGGAGCGCUUUUCCUGGGUAACUGCCGACGGGAAUCGGACCGCAGCGGCGAGAUACGCAAUCGUCGCCAAGACCGUGCAGGAUAAGCAAGCUGUGCGGGAUUGGGGACCGCUGCAAGAAAUCGAAUCCGGGCUUUUCAUCGGGGCAAGGUUUCUAGCCCAACAUCCAGCCACGGGCCAAUAUUACGAAAUCUACGUCCGCUCUGUCGACCUGGAGUCCACGCCCGAAACCCGGUCAGCUGAGGAGAGCGCGCUUCGGAUCCAAAUGGGCGAGGCGCUGAUGAAGAUCACCUCCGACGAUCUGCCCAGCCUGCAGGCUUCGUAUUGCCGGCGGAAAGUCGAUUCGUUUGCCCCGGACGCCAACGGCACGAUGAUAGCGGAGCCUGGAGAUCUGGAAAAGUGCUCCGGGGCGAUGCGCAUCGAGAAAGGAGAGCUGGAUCAGCUUCACCUUUGGCCCCCGGAGGGGCAGAUAUUCAAGGAGGGCGGAGGGUUGAUUCCGGGCUGUUGCUUCGGCAAGACAAUGGCCAGGGUGUGCCACUGCGUCUUGUGGCUGAGC